AAGAUGUUCGAUGGAAUGCUUCACUCGCGUCGUCGGCCUCCUGUCAUCCCUUUCAAUCAGAUAUUGUCUCAGCUUGUGAAACUGAAACAAUACCCAGGAGUCAUAUCCCUCUAUAAACAAAUGCUUCUGCAUCGAAUUUCUCCUAAUCAUUAUACUCUGUCUAUUAUCAUCAAAUGCUAUUCCCAUUUGAAUCGAAUAGGUUUCAGUCUAUCUGUCUUUGGGAAUUCCUUCAAGUUGGGUCUCCAACAUGAUGUCACCACUUUCAACACUCUCAUCCACGGUUUUGUUCUCCACAAUCAAUUGCCUGAGGCCUCACGAUUUUUAGUCAAAAUGCUGGAGGAAGGUCAUUGUAAGCCCAAUGUGGUUACUUUCAAUGUUCUUAUCAAGGGCUUCUGCAACACGGGAAACAACAUUGCUGCCAUUACUUUACUGAGUAAGAUGGAAAAACAAGGAUGCAUGCCUGACGUUGUUUCUUAUAGCAGCAUCAUUCACAGCCUAUGCAAGUAUACACACAUGGAUGAAGCACUGACGCUCUUUUCUGAAAUGAGCAGCAGGGGGAUUGCUCCAAAUGUUGUCACCUACACCUGCUUGAUUCACGGGCUUUGCAUUAUACGCCAGUGGAAACAAGCUGCAAGUUUGCUCGAAGAAAUGUUGCAUAAAGGUGUCUUUCCAGAUGUCCACACCUUCAAUACCUUGGUUGAUACAUGUAGUAAGGAAGGGAAUGUGGUGGAAGCCAUUAGAAUGAUUAAAAUGAUGAUUCAGAGACAUAUUGAGCCUGAUACAAUCACAUACAACUCACUUAUGGACUGUUACUGUUUGCGUGGGGAAAUGGAAGAGGCCAGACGAGUUUUUGAUUUUAUGCUUGACAAGGGCUCUAUGGUUGAUGUCCGGAGUUGUAACACGUUGAUCAACGGAUACUGCAAGGCCAAAAAGGUCGAUAAGGCUUACGAGAUUUUCAAGGAAAUGCAUUGUAUGGAACUAGUUCCCAAUACCGUCACUUUUAACACUCUCAUUGAUGGUCUUUUCAAAGUGGGGAGACUACAAGAGGCACAAAAGUUGUUCUCUGAGAUGAAUUGUUCCGGCCAGCUUCCAGAUCUUCAAACAUACAGUAUUUUACUUGAUGGCCUGUGUAACAACCAGAAACUUGCAACGGCAUUAAAAUUGGUUGAAAAGAUGGAAGCCAGCGUAUUGAAACCUGGUGUUGUAACUUACAAUAUAAUUAUUGAAGGUUUGUGCAAAGCUGGAAAUAUAGAAUCUGCGAGAAAUAUCUUCAGUAGUUUGUUGUCAAGAGGAGUUCAGCCAAAUGUGAGAACAUACAGUAUAAUGAUUCAGGGACUUUGUCACCAGGGCUUAUUAGUUGAAGCAGAAAAGUUGCUGAGAGAAAUGGAAGGGAAAGGAUGUCCGGCAGAUGAUUGCACCUAUAACAUCAUUAUCAGAGGCUUGUUAAAUAACAACAAGACAUCAUUGGCUGUGAAACUUAUUGAAGAAAUGAAGAAGUGUGGUUUCUAUGCAGAUGCAUCAACUACGGAAUUGAUAAUUGGUUUACUGUGUAAGGAUUCUGUGGAUCCGGUUUUGUUGCAGUUUUUUGUAUAG